GUCAGCGAGGGUUUUGAUCGCGCUUUGGGUUCCCCCUCGCUGUCUUCCUCUCUGCGCCGAAGCGAUGGGUUGUGAGAACUCCUUCGAGUCGUCUCCGGAGAUGGAGAGAUUCCUCUGCGAGCGGCUUCUCGAUCCCAGCCAACCCAUCUCGGAGCGCUUCAGGGCUCUCUUCUCCCUCCGUAAUCUCCGCGGCGCUGGCCCUCGCGAGGCCCUAAUUUGUGCCACAAGGGAUUCUUCAAAUUUGCUUGCACAUGAGGCAGCAUUUGCUCUUGGUCAGAUGCAGGAUGUCGAAGCAAUUCCUACCUUAGUGAAUGUUCUCAAAGAUAUGUCAUUACAUCCAAUUGUUCGUCAUGAGGCAGCUGAAGCUCUUGGAGCAAUUGGCUUGGACAGUGUUAUUCCCAUUUUAGAAGACAGUUUGACAAAUGACCCAGCUCCAGAGGUGCAAGAAACAUGUGAAUUAGCUCUUAGACGAAUUAAGGAACAAAAGAGCCUCAAUAGUAUGGAUGGAACAUCCCCAAUAAAUGCUUCUCCCUUUCUUUCAGUUGAUCCAGCUGUGCCUACUUCCCUUAUUUCUUCAGUAGAUCAAUUGAGGGAAGUUCUCCUAAAUGAAGAAGAGGGUAUGUAUGAGAGAUAUGCUGCACUAUUUGCACUAAGAAAUGAUGGUAGAGAUGCUGCAGUUAGCGCUAUCAUUUCAUCAUUAGGUGCAAGAAGUGCUCUCUUACGGCAUGAGGUCGCAUAUGUCUUGGGUCAGCUGCAGAACAAAACAGCCACUGCUACACUUUCUGAGGUCCUAAAAAAUGUUGAUGAGCACCCAAUGGUUAGACAUGAAGCCGCAGAAGCCCUCGGCUCCAUAGCAGAUGGUGAAUGUGUGGCACUUCUGAAAGAAUUUGCAUCGGAUCCUGAACCAAUAGUUUCCCAGAGCUGUGAGGUUGCUUUGAGCAUGCUCGAGUACGAAAGAUCCGGCAUGUCCUUCGAGUAUCUGUUUUUGCAGAAGCCCUUGGUGCAAUAGGCCCUGAUAGAGAAAGAGGCUUCACUGCUGUAUGUCUCACUAUAUCAGGACGCGGUGUCUGCUUACUUUAUAUGAAACCAACAGCCAGCCGCUAAGAAACCUACUAAUGCAGAACUAGUUGCAGGAGUUGUUUGAUCAUUAUGAUAAAUUAUCCCAUGCAACAUGUUCAUGUACUUCUUUUUAUAUCGAUUGUUAGAUUUUUGCUGUUGGAACAUGAUUAUGGCAGAACAAAAAAAAAAAAGACCAUGUUAUCCAACAUCAUUUGCAUCAA